GCCGAGCAAAAUCGCGACGGCAUUCCAACAUGGACGUCUGAACAGUCGGCAGGUGUCCGGAGGAGCGAAAUCAGACCAAGUCAGGUGCCAUUAUUGCCGCCGAAGGUGGUUUUCGCCCCCGGAUCCGCCCCCGAUGACCUUUUGCCACCUGCACCAGGUGCAAACGGAGAUUUCAGUUCGUGCUUGCGGAAAGUGUGAGAGAAAUUCGAGGAGCCGAUCGCUUAAAUCAUUGUUUUGAUGAAGCGUUGCUCGUCGCUCAACAAACUGUUCAGCUGCAAACAGUCGCCGGGCAAACUGAAAAUGUGGAUCGCCAGCAAGGUGGACCUGACGGCGCAGAUGGAGAGCGUGUUCGCCGAUCUGCACGCCGAAUGCCGACACAACGCGCCCGGCUCCAGACUCAGCCUCUCCAUCAGGACCAGGCUCGAGCGAUUUCCGCGCGCCUAUCGAAAGGAGAUCGUGAGUCGGACGCAGCACGGAUGCGCGCCGCUGUUCGUGGCGUGCAAGCGCGGCCACGCGGAGAUGGUCGAUUAUUUGCUGACGGUGUGUGACGCGGACGUGGAGCAGCGCGGCCUGUUCGAGGUGCCGGACGACCGGUCGGUGCACUGCGUGACACCCCUUUGGUGCGCGGCCGUGUCGGGCCGCCUCGAGGUCAUCAAGUGCCUGUUGGAGCACAAAGCGGACGUCAACGCCGUGUCUGACUCUGGCUCGACGCCCGUCCGCAGCGCCUGCUUCAUGACGCACGUUGACGUCGUCCAGCUGCUGGUCGAGAACGGCGCCGACAUCCACCGCGCCAACUACAACGGCGGCACCUGCCUCAUCAACUCCGUCCAGUCCGUGCAUCUCUGCAAACUCCUCCUCGAGAACGGUGCAGAGGUCAACACGAGGGAUAUCCAACACAAAACUGCCCUUCACUAUGCCAUCCAGGAGCACCGCCUUGAGACGACAAAACUCCUCCUGGCCUACGGAGCAAACCCUUUUUAUCGCAGCAGGUACAACGACGACGCCCUCCAAACGGCGUGUCUGAAGGGUGCCACCCUGAUUUUUGACCUGCUCGUCGAAAGCUACAACUACCCCUUUGAGAGAAUCGCCGACGCGCUCGAGUUGAUGGGUUCGACUUAUUUGGACGAGCACAACGACACGCAGAUGGCGCUCUAUUACUGGGAAAGAGCCACCGACCUCAGGAACACGUACAACCUUUACCCAAAAAACAGGGCCAACCCGCAUUGUCAGCAGCUGGCUUCGUCCAGGGCUGCAUAUAACUACACCACAGAGUUCGAGACUGAGGAGGAUUUGCGCAGCAUUUCGCUUGAUGUCGACGAAAUGAGGAUCCAGUCCCUGCUGGUUUGUGAAAGGAUCCUUGGUGUGUAUCACAAAGACAUGCUUUUCCGGCUGAUGUACCGCGGCGCUGCCUAUGCAGACGCCCUUCAGUACCAGCGCUGCAUCGACCUGUGGAGAUACGCACUCGAAGUUCGAGUGGCCAAGGACUCGAUUCUCUUUAACGACACAUGCUUCACGGCGCAGGCGCUCGUCAGGCUCUAUCUCGACCUCCACGAACGGAGGGCUGGAAACCAGAACCAACCGUGGGCCCAACAGGCACCCCAGUUCAAUGAGCAACUUAAAUUUAGCGAUGUGUUUAACACAACUCUGGUGAUAGUCAAGGAACUCAACACUUCAAAGCAACUUCUGGCAGUUGAACCUGUACACAAAAGGCAGCAGGAGUCUUUCGAUAGAAUUCUCAAGUGCAUGACGCACCUGAUCCACCUUUUAAUUGCUAUCUCUGAGACUGACAACGACAAAUCUGCUACGCGAGAGUUAGUGAGGGAGGCCGUGAAAUGUGACCCACGGUCGACGCACGGAGAUUCUCUUUUGCACUUGGUUGCAACCAAGAACAACACCAUCAAGAGCACAUAUUUCGCCGAAGAUAGUGGAUACGUUUUUCCCAGUGCCUCCGUGGCCAGAUUGCUCAUUGAGUGUGGCGCCAACGUUGUAUCUCGAAACUACAGACAUUGCACCCCUCUUCAUUUUGUUGCGUUACCUACUAAUUACAAUCAAGAGUUUGUGAAACUGCUGCUGGACAACGGUGCUCACAUCGACCACCAGAACAACCUCGGCGAGACACCCGCCACAACCUUGAAGGCCAACCCUGCAUGCACGCUACCACUCAUGCAGCACAUGUCCCUUCGAUGCUUGGCAGCAUCAGUGGUUGUCAACCACAAAAUCCCUUAUGUAGGCAUCGUGCCAACCACUGUGGCGCAUUUUGUCCGUCGGCAUGACACUUAUUAGCCAUGCUAGUUGUAAAACCUUUCAUUGUGAUCCAGAGAUUAAUUUUCUAAAUAAAGAAGUCGGAAGAAAUGUAUUUAA